AUGGAGCGUACUCGCAGUGCCCACGACGAGGAGCUCUUCCUCAGCAAGCCCGCCGACUCGGACAACUGCGACAGCCCUACCGUAGAACCUCUGCGCAUUUUCAAACCUCAAAGCCCUCCUGCUGAGAAGCAAUCAUCAGAGCGUUUCAGAUACCCGCCGCCGCCAUCGUCCUCGUCUUUAACCCCGGCAUCCAAGCACUCUUUCCCGUUGCCUCCCGGUGCCUCAAGCUCCGCUGCGCCGCUGCCGUACCCAGAGGACGACGAUCUGAAGCCCAGCACUCGGCCCGUCAGACCUACCGUUGCUGCCCCCAAACGCUAUGGCUCUGACUACAACGACACGAGCCCUCGCCUGACCAGCCCCGUCGAGACCAAGAGCCCUACCUUGGCUGAGAGGCGUGGCACAGCGCCCCGCCCUUUGACAGAUCCCGCCAGCCCUGACGGUGACGAGGGUGGCUUGUUUGCGAAGCCUUUGAAGCCGUCUGAACAGCACGCGCCGGUCGCUGCUACAACGAAUUAUCCGAGCUACACAAAGAAGCCAUACUACCCCGCCCCUGGCUCUACCACCAGCUCCUCCGGCUCCUCUUCCAACCUGUCUCACGGGCGCCCUGCGCAAGACCCAGAGAGACUGAGGAUGCCUAGCAGCGAGAACAGCGUCAACCGCUUUGCCUCAACCGCCUCAACCCUGCAAGCUCAGCAUGCUCAGAGCGCUGCGGCUUCCCAGAGACUCGCGCAAUACGGCGGUGCGCCCCGCGGCCCAGCGCGACCUUGGACGCCGACCGAGUCGCCCGACAACCAGCCCCAUGGCCCUCCUACCGUGUACCAGGGCUCCAACCCUGUCGCGAGUCCGACCCAGCCUACCUUCAGCCCGCCACCCCAGCAAGCGGCCCAGUCUGACCAGCCGGCUCUGCAAGUCAGCGUCCUCGAGCAAGACUUCCAGCGGCUUGGUCACAAUGACCCGCCGCCCGCAUACUCCAGUGUCAACCCGGGCCGCAACAACGCGUACCCUGCCGAGAAGCAACGCCCUCAGCCGACAAGUACAAACUCUACGCCGGCUCCCUCGUCCAGUGCGGCGCAAUCUCCCCCAAAGAAGCCCGCGAGCGUCGGGCCUCAAGCGGCCGGGCUAGCCUCGCCCGCAUUGCAACACCCCGGGCAUCCUGCUUUCGCCAACGAUCCUAGACCUCUCGAGCAGCAACCUCAACAACUUCAGCAGCAGCAGCAGCAGCAGCAGCAGCAGCAGCAGCAGGCACAACAGCAGCAGCCGCAUCAACAAGCGCAAAUUCAACAGCUACAAAACGGUCAGCCCGUGCAAGCUCAAACGCCAGUGACUCCUGGCUUCCAGGGAGGAGCCGGCCCGAGCUCGCCGCCUCCCCUUCCUGAGGGCUGGAUCGCUCAUCUCGACCAGAACUCGGGUCAGUACUACUACAUCCACCUAGCGAGCCAGGCUACGCAAUGGGAGUUUCCCAAGGGUCCCAACCCGAUUCACCAUGAGUCGGCCCCGCUCUCACCGACAGCUUCCACCUAUGGCAAUCCUCUCGCUUCCCCGAUGUUUGGCAAACAGCCCAUGGCGUCACCCAUGUUCUCACCGCAGACGCCGGGAUAUGCUGAGAGCAUCAUGAGCGUUGCUGCUUCUCAGACACCAUCUGCUGCCGGCUUUUCUGGACCGCCUCCGAGCGCCGGAGUGGACAUGUUCAAGAUUCAGCCGACGAAUGGGGUGUAUUUUGGGCCAUAUUUGCGUUACUGCAACAUGGAUAUCGAGCGUGGGCUGUGGCUGGGAAGCAUUCUCAUUGUGACAGAUGCGCCUCAACCGCCCACGAUUCACCUGCAUUUGAGUGCGGACCUUUCACCGAACCCGCGCCAACUGCAGCCUCACAACAUCUUCACCCACCAGCGAUGGUCCUUCUACAAGUACAGUAUUGAGCUGCCAAUGGGUGAAGGAGGCACCCAGAGAUGGACGUAUGCCGUCACGUCUCACCUAGGCUGCACGCGAUACGAAUUCGUCAUUGCGGGCCGGUAUGAGACGGGCUGGAGGUUCAUUGCUCAUUCCAAUAAUGACUUUGCUGCAACAACCAACCAAGCCGAGAGGGCGAAGCUCGGUGGCGUCGGUUUCAUGUGGAAGGAUGUACUCCAGAAGAACAUUGACUGCGGAGGCUUUCAUGUUCAGCUUGGCCUGGGUGAUCAGAUCUAUGGUGACAGGUUAUGGAAGGAGGUGCCAUUGCUGAAGCAGUGGCUCGCCAUGAGCGGCAAGGAAAACCGAAAGAAGGCACCCUGGACCGCACGACACGAGGAAGAUGUCUCCCACGCAUACUUUCACUAUUACACAAGUCACUUUGACCAGCCGUAUCUGCGAGAGGCGUUCGCCCAGAUCCCUCACGUUCUGCAGGUUGACGACCACGAUAUCUUUGACGGCUACGGAUCAUAUCCCCCGUAUAUGCAAGAGUCGCAAAUGUUCAAAAACGUUGGCCGCAUUGCCGUUGAGAUGUAUCUUCUCUUCCAGCACCACACGACUGUUGAAAUCCUCCGCAACGUCAGCAACGAUCUCGACCUGUUUACUAUCACUGGUCAAGGCUGGCACUUUGUCAAGUACCUUGGGCCGGCUGUGGUCGUUGUUGGACCUGAUUGUCGGUCGGAAAGAAACCAGAGCCGCGUAAUGGCUGGCCCGACAUAUCAGGGCAUCUUUCCCAAGGUCGCUACAUUACCUCCCAGCGUACAGCACUGUAUAUGGCUGGUGUCUGUACCGCUUGUUUAUCCGCGUUUGGAAGCAGUGGAGAGUUUGGCCACAGCUGUCACAACCGGCAAAAAGGUGGUCAACUCUGGUUACAACGUGCUCGGCAAGGUGACGAGCUCUGUAGCUGGUAUAGUCGGCGGCAAGGAAGUCGUCGCAUCCGGUUUCUCGCAGGUGAAGAAAGCUGUCGGAAAGGGUGGUCUCAUGGGCAGUGUACUGAACCAGUUCGGCGAGAUCGAUCUCGCUGAGGUGCUCAAGGACAUGUGGACGCAUGAGACCAAGGACCUCGAGAGGACCUAUUUCAUCCGAACCUUGCAAGGCAUUGCCCAGCAAAAGGGCGUGCGCAUGACAUUCUUGUCUGGAGAUGUCAGCUGUGCUGGUGCCGGUCUCGUCCACGACCCGUCACACCCCAGCGACCACAAGACAAUGUACCAGGUCAUCACCUCUCCUAUCGUAGCUCAACCAGCUCAGAACUACAUCCUCAAGCUGCUCCAUAAUCAAAAGUCUCUCUACGUGCCCCAGAACGGCCACAAGUCUAACCAUGAGGUGACCGACACCAAGGAGGACAUGAUGGAGAUCUUCCACACCGAUGCGUCAGGUUCCCCCCGCGAGCUGAAGAAGCUCAUGGGCCGUCGCAACUAUAUUGCCUGCGUAGCCUACGACCCCGAGGCUGUAGCCUCGUCGAACUUCUCCUCGGCUGGGUCCGUCAUCAACGGAGGGCAGCAGGGGCUCAACAAACUGAGUUUGGCCAUUGACUUUGUCGUCCAAGGUGACGGAGCCUUCACGGCACCGACAAAGUACGGACCAGUGAUUGUGCCGCACCUGGAAUUCGGGCGGUAA